UUCAGCUUUUAUUCUUACACCUUUCCUCUGCUGCUUUUUUAUCUUCCUUUCCACUCUCUUGGAUGCCUCUGUUCUCUGCUAUGCCCUCUUUAAAACACUACCUUUGUGUAGAUCACAGAAAAAACCAAGUUGGGUCUCCACCAAAACCUGGAACUUUGGUGGGGUUCUCAUAUGAUGCAACAAGAAACAGAACAACCUCAUCUGCUAUCGAAACAAUUUCUUUCCUUAAUAAAAGUAAUGUAUGUCCUUCUCAGAUCAGGCUCUUUGUCGCAGACAACAUGGUCUUAGAUUUAGUCUCUAAAAUGGGCAUCCCAGUCAAUCUCUACGUGAACAGAGCUGAAAUCAACAACCUGUGGAAAUCGAAAUCCUCUGCCAUUUCAUGGCUCAAAACACACCUCAUUUCCUACCUCCCACACAUAAACAUCUCCAGCAUUAUAGUCAGUUGCAAUCAAUCAGCACCACAAAAUCAGCUGCAUUUGCUCCUAGCCACCUUAAAUUCAAUCCAUUCAGCCCUCAAGACCUUCGAUCUAGACCACCAGGUGAAGGUCUCAAUCACAUUAUCACUGUCCAUGUUGCAGAAUUCAGGCAAAAAUUGCAACAAAGAUCUUGAAAGAAUCAUAGAGUUUAUCAGGAAAUUCAGGUCUUUCAUUGUCGUCGAGGCUGUUAUUCAUGGAGAAUUGAGCUUAGGAGACAAAUUCAUUCAGUCCAUGAUGACAAAAGCUGCAUCUGCAGCGACACUUAUUCCCUACAAUGACAUUCCCAUCGUUUUGAAUGUUAAGAGCUCUGUUGUUCCCAGUGCAGUAGAAGUAGCUGAAUUCAAUGAGAAAAUGGUGAAAUCUAUUGAAAACCAAGAUCAGAUCAUGGAUAGGAUAUGUGGAAUAUUUGCCGAGAUUUCCCCAAUGGAAGAAGCCCAGCAGAAGGAGCUGGAGAGGGAAGAAGAACAGAUCUUCUUGUCUUCCCGCAGAGAGCUCCUAGACAGAAAUGAACCCAUCUCAGCAACCAAAACAACUCUACAUGAUGCCAUGACCCCGCCAACUGACCUCCCUGUAACUAAUCCUGCGACGACACCUUUCACUGUCCCCCCCACAAAUCCCACACCACUAAUUGUCACUGUCCCCUCCACUCCAGGCACUCCUCUGCCAACAGAUCCCACAACAACACCCAUUACCAAUCCAGUCACCACUCCAGCUAAUAUCCCAGUAUCUACACCUGUGACGAUCCCCUCCACCAAUCCUGCAACACCACCUGCAACGGUGACAAUAACGAACCCGGUCACCACACCAAUCACGGUUGUUCCUUUCUCGCCGCCCAUAACUGAUCCAGCAAUUACUUAUCCUGUUCCGACACUUCCCAUCACAACACCUGUUGCGACACCAAUUACAGUUCUGACACCACCUCCCCCAAUAACAACACCAAUGGUUUCUGGGAGGAGCUGGUGCGUGGCAAAGACAGAUGCACUGGAAACUGCUCUUCAGGCUGCACUUGAUUAUGCAUGUGGGAUUGGAGGCGCUGACUGCUCAGCAAUCCAACAGGAAGGGAGCUGUUAUAAUCCAAACACUCUUCAUGAUCAUGCUUCCUAUGCAUUUAACAGUUACUACCAGAAGAAUCCAGUGCCAUCUAGUUGUGAAUUUGGAGGAACCGCUAUGGUAGUCAACAUUAAUCCAAGUUCUGGAACUUGCAUCUUCCCAUCAUCAAGCUACACUUCAUCAUCAUCAUCAGUGUUGAACACAAACUACCCUACAAGCUCGACUGCCAUUUAUGGGUCUGGACCCCCGGCUUUUACUAGUGAUUCAGCGUCUAUAUCAGUGCAUUCAUUGUUGCUGUUAACCUUCACAUCCAUAACAACAUAUUUAAUCAUGGAAAAACACUUGAUGGACUUGUAAUUUAAGUUGCUGGUAGAUCUGGGAGUCUGCACUUGUAUAUAUUGUAAAAGAGAAGUUGUCUGUUGUAAUCCAAUGCAGUUAGUUGUCAUCCUAAAAGGAGAAUGAGAUAAAGUUGAUGUUCAAA